AUGUUUGGUUCAAGUUCUCUAUCGCUAGGCGCAAAACUGCCCAGUUCUACCGCCGCCCCAGCAGUCCAAAAGCUGCCCACCGUAUCCCCACCCACCGGCCUCGUCUUCGCCUCUGUCGCCACCGACGCGACAGGAAAGCAGACGACCAAGAAGAUCCAAGACCCCGCCACCAUUCUAGACGGCAACAUCAAGGUAGUUCGUAUCUACCUCUCUCUCGAAGACCUCCCUCCCUCACCCCUCCACGACAUCCUCCUCAACUUCCAAAACCAAGGCGCCAACCCACUCCAAGAAAUUCAUCUCUGUAUCCGCUCGCUCCUCCGCCCAUGUCUCCAGGACAUCUACGAGGAUCGUGAACUAGAAGAAGCUAUGCUGUUCAUGGUCGAUCAGUGGUUUGCCUUUGGUACCGCGGUCAAGUUCUUCUUCCACCGUCCCGGUGUAGACACUAAUCGCGACCGUUUCCAGAACUUUGUCGAGAAGGACUUGGUUCGGGCGGUUCAGGGCUUGGCAGAGGGCGAUGUUGAGUUGUCGGAGAUACUGGGUGAGGAGAGUUGUGUGUUGGGGAUGGGGGCGGUGGCCGGUGGGGCGGUUCGUAAGCCUGUCGUGGCUGAGUAUGGUGUUUGCGAUGAGAUGAUCUGA